AGCAGCAUUCCCUCCCUACUGAGCGUUCAUUAUAUGUUGGGUACUGCGCUACGCUGGCCAACCUGAUCCCUGGGGAGAGUCGGGUGCACCCUCCAUUCCGACUCUCGCAGCCAUUGUGGGGUGGACGUUCGCCUAGCCCCAUGCUGGCACGCCCUCUCUGAGCUGCGACCGGCGGUCAGAGAAGGAGAAGGUGCCCGGUGCGUGUUCACAGAAGGAAGCUCUAGCCGUGCCGGGAUCCUCGCUGCACCGCCGCCCGCUGGCUCCUCUCUGUGGCCCGCGCCCUACGCGCCUCCAGGGCACGCGCUCCCAGCCCCGCCCGCGCGCGCGUUCUCCCGCGCCCCCGCGGCGGACGCACGGCCACGAGAGCGCGUGCGCCUCUCGAACGUCCCCGGGAGCCGAGCCAGACCCAGCGCCUGGGCCGGGAGCGCAGGAGUGAAAAGGAGGCGGCGGCCGCGGCUGCGAGCAACAGAUCCACCCGGGCGCUGCAAGCUAACCCGCUGCGCUGGGCGAUUUUUUUCUUUAAUUUCCAAAAUUUUUAUUAAUUUAGAAAACCUUGAAUUUUUAAAUGGCGCUGGCCCCGGGUCAGCGGGCGGUUUUCUCUGUUUCAAGAUGGGCUUUGCCGAUUCCGUCGUGGGCGCCAGUGGUGGUCUGAUUGUCAGCCUUCUCCCGGCGUUUUUAAGGCCAGGAGCCGAGCGCUGCUUGUAGGUGAAUCACCCUACGGAGCGUUUUGGCUUUUAAAAUUAUUGUUAUUCUUUUGAGUAGAGAGCAGUGGAUCUCGGGCACUUAGUCCUCUUUGCAGGAGAGGCUGCGAGCCUGAGGUGGGUCGCUCGGAGGGUGAAAUUCCUCCCGGGGUGAGCGAACCCCGGUCCCGCGCACAGUCCAGGCGGCCCAGAGUGUGUGUCCUGUCCCUGCCGGCGCCGGGAAAAUGGAGGCUGUGAUUGAGAAGGAAUGCAGCGCGCUCGGAGGCCUCUUCCAGACCAUCAUCAGCGACAUGAAGGGGAGCUAUCCAGUUUGGGAAGACUUCAUAAACAAAGCGGGAAAACUGCAGUCCCAGCUUCGGACAACAGUAGUGGCGGCGGCUGCCUUCCUGGACGCCUUUCAGAAAGUGGCCGACAUGGCGACCAACACACGUGGGGGCACCAGGGAGAUCGGCUCCGCCCUCACCCGGAUGUGCAUGCGGCACCGGAGCAUCGAGGCCAAGCUGAGGCAGUUUUCCAGCGCUUUAAUCGACUGUCUGAUAAACCCACUUCAAGAACAGAUGGAAGAAUGGAAGAAGGUGGCCAACCAGUUGGAUAAAGACCACGCAAAAGAGUAUAAGAAAGCUCGUCAAGAGAUAAAGAAGAAGUCCUCGGAUACACUGAAACUGCAGAAGAAGGCCAAAAAAGUGGAAGCUCUCGGGAGAGGUGACAUCCAGCCGCAGUUGGACAGCGCUCUCCAGGAUGUCAACGACAAGUAUCUCCUGUUGGAAGAAACGGAAAAGCAGGCCGUCCGGAAGGCUUUGAUCGAGGAACGUGGCCGGUUCUGCACCUUCAUCUCCAUGCUGCGGCCCGUGAUUGAAGAAGAAAUCUCCAUGCUGGGGGAAAUAACUCACCUGCAGACCAUCUCGGAAGACCUGAAAAGCCUGACCAUGGACCCUCACAAACUGCCCUCCUCGAGUGAACAGGUGAUUUUGGACUUGAAAGGCUCUGAUUACAGUUGGUCCUACCAGACACCACCCUCCUCCCCCAGCACCACCAUGUCCCGCAAGUCAAGUGUCUGCAGCAGCCUGAACAGCGUGAACAGCAGCGACUCGCGGUCCAGCGGCUCCCACUCGCACUCCCCCAGCUCCCACUACCGCUGCCGCAGCUCCAACCUGGCCCAGCAGGCGCCCGUGCGGCUGUCCAGCGUGUCCUCGCACGACUCCGGCUUCAUAUCCCAGGACGCCUUCCAGUCCAAGUCGCCGUCCCCCAUGCCGCCAGAGGCCCCCAACCAGAACUCGUCCAGCUCGGCCUCCUCGGAAGCCUCCGAAACCUGCCAGUCAGUGAGCGAGUGCAGCUCGCCCACCUCAGUCAGCUCAGGCUCCACCAUGGGCGCCUGGGCCUCCGCAGAGAAGUUGUCUAACGGGUUUUCUCACUAUAGUUUAUCAAGUGAGUCCCAUGUGGGGCCCGUGGGGGCAAGUCUUUUCCCUCAUUGCCUGCCUGCCUCCCGCCUGCUCCCUCGGGUCACCUCUGUCCACCUUCCAGACUACGCUCAUUAUUACACCAUUGGGCCCGGCAUGUUCCCGUCAUCUCAGAUCCCUAGCUGGAAGGACUGGGCCAAGCCGGGACCUUACGAUCAGCCUCUGGUGAACACCCUUCAGCGCCGCAAAGAGAAGCGGGAGCCGGACCCCAGCGGAGGAGGACCCGCCGCUGCGGGCGGCGCGCCUGCCGCUGCCGAGGAGGCUCAGAGACCACGGAGCAUGACGGUGUCGGCUGCCGCCAGGCCUGGCGAAGAGAUGGAGGCUUGUGAGGAGCUGGCCCUGGCCCUGUCGCGGGGCCUCCAGCUGGACACCCAGAGGAGCAGCCGGGACUCGCUGCAGUGCUCCAGCGGCUACAGCACCCAGACGACCACCCCGUGCUGCUCGGAGGACACCAUUCCCUCCCAAGUUUCAGAUUACGAUUAUUUCUCUGUAAGUGGUGACCAGGAGGCAGACCAGCAGGAGUUUGACAAGUCCUCCACCAUUCCGAGGAACAGCGACGUCAGCCAGUCCUACCGGCGGAUGUUCCAAGCCAAGCGCCCGGCCUCAACUGCCGGCCUCCCCACCACCCUCGGACCUGCUAUGGUCACCCCAGGGGUUGCCACCAUCCGACGGACCCCUUCCACCAAGCCUUCUGUCCGCCGGGGGACCAUCGGAGCCGGUCCCAUCCCCAUCAAGACACCCGUGAUCCCGGUGAAGACCCCAACCGUCCCAGACCUCCCUGGGGUGUUGCCGGCCCCCCCGGAUGGGCCGGAGGAGCGGGGUGAGCACAGCCCCGAGUCACCGUCUGUGGGUGAGGGCCCCCAGGGUGUCACCAGCAUCCCCUCCUCACUGUGGAGUGGCCAAGCCGCCGUCAACCCUCCCCUUCCAGGCCCGAAGCCAAGCAUCCCGGAGGAGCACAGACAGGCGAUUCCGGAGAGCGAGGCUGAAGACCAGGAGAGGGAUCCUGCCAGCGCCACUGCCUCCCCAGGCCAGGCUCCAGAGAGCGACCCUGCAGACCUGAGCCCGAGAGAGACCCCGCAAGGAGAAGACAUGCUGAACGCCAUCCGCAGGGGCGUGAAGCUGAAGAAGACCAUGACUAAUGACCGUUCAGCCCCUCGCUUCUCUUAGGUGCAUCGGAAAUGCUGCCAGCGGGGAAUGAACUGUUUCAUUAAUAAGACCUAAUUUGUCUUGAUCCAUUCCAAUCUAUAAUCAAACAGAUUUUGUAGGCAACUCAGAAUACAGCUCUUUUGAACGUACUUGACACCUUUAGAUAAGAAUUAAAAGCAACAUGUAACUGACAUGACCUUGAUCUUUUAAUUUGUAAAUAUUGACAAUUUUCUUUCUGCACAUUUUAAUCUUAGCUUCCCUUUUAAUUUUUCUGAAGGUGCCAAAUUCCAUUUAACUUUUUUACAAGUCUUUGUAAAAUUUUAAAUGCAUAAGGGUGGGGGGGGCUCAGGGCAGGGGAACCAUGAAGUAGUUAACUUCAGAAAAAAGGGGUAACUUUUUUCUUUUCUCUCUCUCUUUUUUCCCCUGCAAGCUUUUGUAGAUGCACUGUAGUUAGUAGUCUGGCUUAGAAGCAAAUUCAAGUUAUUUUAAUGUACAAACAAAAUGGUAAGGGGUAAAAAUCUUCGUUUAAAUAUACUCUGUUCCGAAUGAGCAAAGCAGUAGUAAGAGUUGCUGAGCAAUAUGCAGAGGGAAGAGAAUCCAGAGACGGUGGACUGUUGGGAUUGGGGGGAGGGCCAUGGGAGGGGCACACUUUCAACAUAGCCGAUCCUGUCACAUUUAAGAGUAGCCUCGUAGGUUGAAUUUCUAGUAGCUUCAUGGUUAAUGCAUCCGAAUAAGCCAUACUGGAUUGCAGUGUUUGUUUCUGUAGGGUGUUUAAGGAAUUCCUUUCUCCCACGAUUCCUCUCGACUGCACACAGCACCCACCUCCAGUCCCGUGCAUGCUGCCGCCACCAGGUAGACUAGAACCCCACUUCAGUUACUCGUCCGUUACACCUGUUUCCAUUGAAUCCAGUACAUCCGAAAGGGUAAGGCAGUUUCAAAAAUGUGAAAAUACUUAAACAUGAUAGCAGGGAAUUCUUAGAUAAUAGCGAAUGCCUUUUACUUAACUGUGCCCAGCAGGCUGGGCACAUUGGAAAGCCCAAAUAUUUUGACAAAACUUGAGUGGAUUUAACAAGAGUAACCAGCUCAGAGUCCAGCAACUUGCCGAUGUGUUUACCAAUCCGGGGGCUUGUUUUUCUUGAUUGGCUUCAUACUAAACAAUGGAGAGAGGAUUUCUUUUAUUGUCACUCGGAAUCUGACCACUAGACUGUCCCUUUUUUUUUUUUUUUUUUUUUGGGUAUUCUAGGUAAUGUAUUUUGGAAUGGAUUUAUGUCUUUUCUUCUUUAAGUGAAAGUUAAAUUUGUUAUAAUGCCUAUCCCCUAAAGCCAGCAAGGAUUUGUAGAUUUAGAGGGAUUGUGUUUGGAGAAUACAAACAAGAAAGCAAACGCCUUAGCAGUUGGGUCAGUUGCAGGAGCUCCCUUUAGACGGAAGCCGUCAAGAGGUAGGAGCCCGGUGGGUCCCACAGACCCUGCAGGUUUCUGUUGGCUUGUAUCUUCAAUGACAUAAUCUUAUGCUUUAAUACAUAACUGCAUUGGAUGUGAGAGUAACAUACCUGUAUAGUCACUGUUCUAUAUAUUAACAUGUAACACUGCUGUGAUUGCUCAAGGACAUUUUAUGUUAUGGCUUUAAAGCAAGGGCAUGAUUAUUAGAAACUAUUUAAGCUUUUUUUUUUCCUUUGAAAAACAAGCUCCUUUUACAGACUGUAAGCAACAGUAGUGCCUGUGGUCUAGCCCACCAAUCUUGACGACUAAAAGUAGCUGAUGCAUUGUGCAUAUGAUGCUUGAGACGGUUUUUGCAAAAGCAGAAAUCACUACAAGGUAAUCACAAUAGAUAAAAGUGGUAUUUUAAACCUUUGAGAUAAAUGGAUGUGACUGUACCUUGGUACAGCUUCUCACUUGUUUAGUUUUUAAACGUUAGUAAUAAUCUGAAGAAAUUUAAUAUAAAACGUUGCCAAAUUCAAUGUAGAAAGAAUGUGACGAAACACCUUGGGUAGUCCUGUUUGUGUUUUUGCAUAUUGUAAAAGCAGUGUCACAGCUAAAAAUAAAGAAAUCGUUUCUAAGGUAAA